CGUGUCGUCAAACACUGCAGGUCUUGAAUACAGUGCCCCCGUGACCGUGGCUGCGGCGUUCCGUGGUUCGCUGUGGCUGCUGUCGGCAAUGUCCGUGCGAGUGGGUUCAGCGUUCGGUCACUUCGAGGCGAUGAUUGUGACCGCCGACCAUGACCUCUCUACCACUAGGCUUGCGUCCUCCAAGCCAUGCCUGCUUCUGCCAAAAUGAUUGUGAUUCCACUACCGGUCGUCCCGGCCGCUCGUUCGACGAUCGCUCCCGCAAAAGAGCCACAACCUGACCUGCCUCCUCCGUUCAAGCCUCGUUCCGUCAAUGUCGCGAGACAAGAUCUCUUGAAUGCACGCGACAUUGACCCAUUUCCCCUCCUCCCACGCGUGUUCAUCCCCAUUCCUCACGGGCUCUGGAGGCCUCCGGUCAUGCACUACGGAUGGCCUGCUCCUACUUCAAUGCUUCUGUCCUACGCAGAGGAGCACGGACUGGUAUUGAAGAUGAGGAGACGCAACCCAGACGUCUGCUUCGAUGAUGACAGCAGUGACGAGGACGAGUCAGUCACGGAGGAUGACGCGAACGACGACGCGGAAGAUAGCAAUUGUACUGAGAGUAGCCGCUCCAGCAAGGCAAGCCUCCGGUCAGCUGGGAGUCGCCCAACGGUCAACACGACGACUCCUCGGACUCGCAAGCCGGUGCCGCCUGUCGCUAGACCCUCGAAGGAUCGUGUCGACCAAUGCCCAACCAUGAUGGCUGCCUUGCGACGCAUCCUCUCCAACCUCACCGAGAAGACCGGUAUGCGUUACACUCAGAGUGUGCAAGUAAACACCACACUACAAGACCGCGAGGAGGGUUCAUGAGCGAGAAUCAUAUCACUGUACACAAACUACCAUUUCCUCCAGAAGGACCUCCCCUCUCCUCAGGACAUUCAGGCGAUCGGGGAGGCCUUGGGGAUCACUACACCGCCGAAGUGGUAUAUCGAUCAGUUGGAGUACGAAUGGCGACCGGCGCGCGUGGCUCCGUACAACCGGUGACGGUCAUACCGUGUCUAGUCGGCUACAUCAUAUUUCUCGUUCUGCUUUUCUCGAUAUAUCGCGCACUUGUAUUCU